AGCAACCUCCUUUCAGUUAUACUGAAACGUUGGCGCAAGCCUCCACACUCACAAAAUUCACACAAGUCACUGCCAGAGAGUGCAAAAGACCUGAUUGAUAGAUUCACACUGGAGGCUGUACAAGAGAUCUCCACUGCUGAACUAUUAUGCCUGGAUCCACUGCUUUGGUCUACGAGCGACUCACUCAGUAAACGGAACCUGUCAUCGGUCAGAAUGGAUCAACUUGAGGCAGAAAUGUGGGAUCGUGCUCCUGUGACAUGGAUGUACCUCGCUAGUCUCGCAACAAGUUCCAAGCAGCAAAAA